AUGAAAUAUGCACAAUUGGUUGUUGGUCCAGCGGGAAGUGGCAAGUCAACAUACUGCUCUGUGGUGCAGCAACAUUACUUAUCCGUAGGCCGUAACGUUUUCUUGGUUAAUUUGGAUCCUGCGGCCGAAAAAUUCACCUAUAGUGCUGCCGUUGAUGUGCGAGAGCUAAUCAACGUGGAUGAUGUACAAGAAGAUAAGCAGUUAGUAUUUGGUCCAAAUGGCGCCUUGGUGUUUUGCAUGGAAUAUCUCGCGCAAAAUUUAGAUUGGCUUCAUGACCAGCUGAAUGAAGGAGAAGACGAUUAUUUCAUCUUUGAUUGUCCAGGCCAGAUUGAACUUUAUAGUCACUUGCCGGUAAUGAGACAAAUUGUUAAUGCAUUGAAGUCAUGGGACUUUAACAUUUGUUCUGUGUUCCUGCUUGACACACAGUUUGUUUUGGAUUAUGACAAAUUCUUAGGUGGUGCAUUAACGACUCUCUCGGCUAUGGUUGCAAUGGAGGUUCCGGCAGUGAAUGUGUUGUCGAAAGUGGAUUUGUUAUCAAAUCGUAAUAAAGAACUGCUGGAAACUUUUCUGGAGACAGACAUGUGUUCUAUUCUGGGCAGUGAAGAAAUCUCACCCUGGAAUGAGAAGUAUCGCCAACUUUCACGAACAAUCGCCGAAGUUUUGGAUGAUUAUAGUCUUGUACGCUUUGUUCCAUUGAAUGUUGAAGAUGAUGAAUCGAUCAGUGAUCUUCUAUCGCUCAUUGACAACACGAUACAGCAUGGUGAAAAUUUGGAGGUGAAAGAUCGUUAUCCGCAAGAAGUGGAUGAUGACAAUACUUUUUACUGA